AUGCCUUUUCUGUCAUGCUUGAAAAAAAAGAAGUCACCUGUGCCUUUAGGCAGGAGUAUCUUUCAAAAACACACCCCACCCAUCCAGCAGAACUACCAAGCCUUGCUGGAGGUGUGCUUGAAGAACAAGUGCCUGUUCACAGAUGAUAACUUCCCUGCUCACAUCAGCUCUAUUGGAACGGGAGCACUGCUAAAGAAACUACCCCGAAAUUUACAGUGGAAGAGGCCACAUGCUUUGCACAGAAGGCCAGUAUUUUAUGCUGCGAGCAGAAAGCAACUUGAUCUCUGCCAAGGAUUGGUGGAGAACUGCUGGUUCCUGGCGGCCCUGGAAGCCCUGACGUUCCACCAGGACAUCUUGGCUGUAGUCGUGCCACACAACCAGAGCUUUGAGAGGAAAUAUGCUGGCAUUUUCCACUUCCGGUUCUGGCACUUCGGUGAAUGGGUUGACGUGGUGGUUGAUGAUCGCCUGCCGGUGAAUGAGGCGGGGGAGCUGGUCUUUGUUUCCUCAGUCUCUAAGAACGUGUUCUGGGGAGCCCUUCUGGAGAAGGCAUAUGCUAAACUCUAUGGCUCCUAUGAAGAUCUGCAGAUUGGGCAAGUUUCAGAAGCCUUCGUGGAUUUUACAGGUGGUGUUAAUACAAGGAUCAAGCUUGCAGCAACUCCUCCUGAUCUGUGGGAUAUCCUGACAAGAGCAACCUACAGCAGAUCUCUCAUGGGCUGUCAGACACAUUUAGGGGCAACAAAGGUCCUGAAGAAUGGACUUGUUGCUGGCCAUGCCUACACAGUAACUGGUAUUAGAAAGGUGACCUGUCAAUAUGGACCAGAAAAUCUAGUGAGACUGAGAAAUCCAUGGGGAAAAAUUGAAUGGAAAGGAGACUGGAGUGACAGCUCUUACAAAUGGGAGCUGCUGAGCCCGAAGGAGAAGAUUUUGCUGAGGAAAAAGAAGGAGGAUGGAGAAUUCUGGAUGUCUCUGCAAGAUUUUAAGAUUCAUUUUGUAGAUCUGAUGAUCUGUAAAUUAACUCCAGACCUGAUGAGCCAGGAAGAUGGGAAGAAGUGGAUGUACUCCCUGAAAAGCGGGAGAUGGGUUAAAGGAAGUACAGCGGGAGGAAGUCUGGGAUUCUGUAAUGGCACCUUUUGGAUGAACCCUCAGUACUGGCUGAAUGUUUUACCAGUUGAAGACAGCAAGAAAAGCCUGGAUUCCUGCAAUGUGGUUAUAUCCCUGAUGCAGAAACACAGCAGCAAACACCGGAACCGAGCUCCUCACCUCUUCAUUGGAUUUUCACUCUACAAGGUGCAAAGAAUUUACCAGGAAAGCAACAGAAAGCUGCCCCCAGCUUUCUUCACCCGACAUCAGCCUGUGAACAAGCACCAGGUCUUCCUUGAUGAGCGGGAAGUGACUCAUGACUUCCACCUGGAGCCUGGUGUCUAUGUGAUUGUCCCAUCCACCCUGGAGCCUCAGCAGGAGUCUGAAUUCAUCCUGCGGGUCUUCUCCAGGAAGCAUGUUCUUCGGGAAAUGGGCGGGAACACCAGUUUCACCCUCUCUAAGGAAAUCGUUGAUAGGUAUGAAGGCAAGAUUUGGGAGGAUUUCUUCACAAAGCAUUUUGAACAGAAUCCUGAAAUAAAUGCUGUUCAGCUCCAGAGGAUCCUGAAUAAUAUGUCUUGGAAAAAUUUCCAGAGUUUUCACCUGAGGUUCAGUCUGGACACCUGCCAGGGUAUCUUGGCACUCCUGGAUCUGAACGCCUCUGGCACACUGAGUAUCCAGGAAUUCAGAGUCCUAUGGAAAAGGCUGCUUUUCUAUCUGGAAGUUUUCCAGAAAAGAGACACUAGCAGAUCAGGAAAGCUUGACCUUAUGGAACUGCAUGCAGCUGUACGGGAGACAGGCAUUUCGCUCAGCAAUGAAGUCUGUAAUUUGAUGGCAAUCAGAUAUGGUGACCCUGACUUAAAGAUCAGCUUUGAGAGCUUUGUGUGCUUCAUGCUUCGCGUGGAGAUCAUGGGAGAGGCCUUUCGCAACUUAACACAAGAUGGCAAAGGGAUAUAUCUUCGGGAAUCUGAGUGGAUGAUGAUGACGCUGUACUCCUGAGGCAAUGCUGUAGAGGAGGGGACAACCAGGCCUGUACCAGGAUGAGGAAGGCUGCUUUGUAUCAAUUUUCUGUGCACACUGGACUGUCUGGGCUCAGCCCUGCAAUUUACCUCCGAUGAAAAGUCUACUCCUCAAACAGACUUGACCUAAUAACCACAGACUUGGUGAACUGAAGUUUUGCUAAUUAAUGUAUUUAUUCUGAGUCCUAUUUCACUUCAGACAACCCUUCUGAGAAGAGACUGCUGCAUGCCAACUGCUAUGAGUGCACAGUGUGACACCAUGGAGCGUAGUGGUUAAGUCGUUGGGGUCACCUACUUAAUGCUGAUGUUACACUCUUAUUGUUAUAGGAUGGCACACAUUGUGGUAGUGCCCAGAGGCUGUGCUUGGUGAUGGGACUCUUGAGCCUGGGAGAGAAAUGGCCCCUGCCCUGAGUGGCUUGUCACCUAAUAGAGGAAGUCCCAGUUCUGCAGCUGCUAGGCCCAUGGUAGAGGGCAGGAGUCUGUGUGCUUGUGGGGAAGAAGAGGUGGGGACUCUCUGAAUGAACACUCUUCCCUAGCCAUGACUUGGAAAGGUGAUUUGCAAGCAUUCAAACCAUCUCUUUUGCUUUUAUACGUCAGUGUAGCCCUAUUGAAGUGAACCUAAGUUGAUUUGACCAAGCGAUGAGCCGGGCCUCCAGCUCUUUGUUGUGGGUGGAGGCUGUGAUGUUUGCAUAUUUAUUUCAGAAAGGCAGUGGGUUUUCUCUACAGAUUGAAAGGUACAGUACAGUGAGAAGUAAACUGAUCCCAUAUUGUCUUUAAGUCACCGGAGAUUGGCAGGGAAUAGAUGUUCUCUGUAGCAUGAUACAGGAGCAGUCUGGUAAAACAUUUGGAUAUUUGUCAGUUACUUUUUAUAAAGCAGGAUGAGAGAGAGAGAGUGUGUGUACUUUUAAACGAUGCAGGCACAUGUAGGUUGUAGCUAAUUAAAUAGUGGAAACUGGGUGCAUAGCUGUGAACAGCGUUAGAGAACAUGUUAUAAGUGGGACUAUUCACAUCAAACCCCGUGCUAGAGUUAGUUGAUGCAUCUAUAUGUAGGAUCCUUUUUUACUUUCUUACCAUUUAUUUAUUUGGGCUGGAAAUUUCUAUGCU